AUGUCAUCAACAGAACAGAAAGCCCAGGAACUUCCCCAAAAGGAAGAACAAGUUAUUAAAUCUCUUGAAGAAGAUGACGAAUUCGAAGAUUUCCCGGAUGACGAUUCGCAAUGGGCGACAGAUGCAAAGUUGAAAGAAGAAGCACUCUGGGAACAGGAUUGGGAUGAUGACGAUAACCAAGACCAGUUCUCACAAAAGUUGAGGGAGGAGUUGAUAAGAUCGCAAAAACCGUCCAAUUAG